GAGCGCACGCGGGCCGAGGGCGCGCGACUGGGGAUGCUGGCCCGGGUUCUUUUAAGACGGGUUCUGGCCACAAGCGACGGCAGCUUUCGCGACCCCCAUCAGCCCCGCCUCACUCCGGACACGGGCUGCCGAGGCGCCGGGCUGCGAGCUCUGGGACGCGCCCAACUUGGAAAGCGUCUUGCUUGCCCAAGGCGCGCUACUUCUCGGGCGAGCACCCGGCGCCGGAGCACAUGCUGCCCCCGCCCCUGCGCGCCUGCGACUCCCGGCUCUCCCUCCCCUGCGCCGCGCUCUCGCCUCGCUUUCCGCGGGAGCCUUCCAACCGGUCCUCGGCUGGGGAGAAGGACGGGAGCGGUGGGAAGAGCGAGGGUGUAGAGAGGGAAGUUAGGGCUUCCGCUUUCUCCCACCACUCCAGCGGCGGCGUUCAGUCCUCUGGGUGGAAUGUGCUCUCAGCGGCAGUGACGGUGGCCACAGCACUGGAGGCACCCGAGCCAUACACCCUGCAGCUGGAGAGGAAAGGAUGGCCGAGGUGGGAGAGACUAGAGUGAACCAGCAGGAGGAAGUCCUAGAGCCGCGAAGCUACAACGGAGAUCUGUCCUGGAAAAGCCUCCACCCUGGGCACUUUAAGCGGCGGUGGCGGCAAACGGCAGGAGGUUGCAGACCCGACAGCGAGUCUGCCUCAUUCCAGUCUUGCUCUGCCCUCCGGAGAUGACAAGUGAGAAAGAAGUGUCCGGCCGGCCAUCCCCUUCAGAGAAGCAACCACUUCACAAGAAGAUUCUGAAGUUGGCCAUUUUGAACCCCAGAACAGUUUCUCAUAGAUUAGAAAUAUUGGAAUCUGCACAGAAAUCGAUAUUCAUUUACAAGAUCAUCAUCAAGCUUAUCUUGCAUAACAUAAGUGGCAAGCUCUGACUUGUGAUUUUUUCAUAAUAAAAAUGUUUUUUAACUCAGUAUCAUCAUUUCUACAACAGUGUCCCAUGAUCAUUGAUUCUAGGUGAUUUGAAACACUGUUUAGUCCUGUUUUAGAAAAAGCUCCUGUAUCUGAUUUAGUCUCAUAUGCAGCUUACUUCUAACAUCAGAUUGAAUUUGCAUUGAGUUACCUUACUCAGUUUGUUUUUUAAUUAUGUUACACUUACAAGGGAAUAAGGAAAAGUCAGUAUAGUGUGUUGAAAUGUCUUUUAAUUGAGACAAACAGGAAAUGUGUUAUAGGUUCCCAAACCUUCUUCAUGUAUUAGAGGUGUUAUAAUAAUCUUUUGAAUAGCCAAGUGAAAAGGAAUGGUUUCACCUGAACAUGUUAGAAUUUAUUGCUACAUUUUUUGUGUGUUGUGGUGGAGAAAUAAAUUUUUAAAUUGCAUUUAUGGAGUCAUUUCAGAACAAGUAGAAAUCAUAUGUAAUCUGGUCACUUUGAAUGUGUAAGUGUUUGUAUCUGAACUCCUCCUGCCCUAUUAAGAGUUGAAGGUUGUACUAUAUGUUACUCAAAAAGUAAUUUUCCCCGGAUGUGCAAUAAGGCCUCAGAUUUGACCUAUAACCUGAAUGUCAUAAGCUAUCCAUUAUCUAUGCUGGAAGCACACCACCACCAACAAAAAAAUUUUAAGUAUUUUUAUAGGCUUGCUAAAAUCCGAUUAUAGAACCAAGGCAGUCAAAUACCAUGAGUAAGACUGCAGAAACCCUAGAAUUUAACUCCCUGGUUAUUCUUAAUGAGUGAAUACUAUGCUUUGUGUCUAAAAGCAAUGUAUUACACUUUCCAAUUCAGGAAAUGCAUUUUAAUUGCUAUACCCAUUGAUACAUCAAUCUGUCCAUGACAUUCUGACAUAUAUAUCCAGUUUCCUAUGGAUUUGGUAUAGGAGCAAAUUAAAAGAUACACUAGAAUGGUAACAUUUAAUCUAUAAUCCUCCAUUUAACCUUUAUGUGGCUGUCACUGAACAAGUCCUGUCUUUAGGGUUGAACCAAAAAACAAAAACAAAAAACAAACAUGCACACACACUAGAGAAAGUGUGUUUUUUAACCUGGAGACUGUGAAAAAGUUUUGACCAUUCCCCCACCCCCAUGCUUCAACUUUAGCUUUGAUAGUGAGAGUAUGUCUUCCUUCAGUUUAAGUUGAACAUACUUCUGCAUAAGACCCUCCAGAAAACCUCUUGAACACAUACAGUUUUGGGGGCAUUGGGGACUGAACUAUGUACAAGUACGUGAUACUUCAGCACACAAUUCCUGGGAUAAAUUUUAUCCUCUUCUCAUUGUUAUUCUUAUUAACUACAUGGGGUUUUUUAAACAAGUUACCAGAAGCAAAACACAUUUUACCUUUACUCCGUUACAUGUUUCAAAUUAAGCAGAUCCUAAUUAAUUGGGUUACAUUAUAUAACAGUAGCCUUUUUAAUAUAAUAUGGUUUUUAUGAUCUCUCUUUGAUUUUUCUUAA